UCUUCUCUGAAUCAUACUCCAUGGAUUCUUCUUUUUACUCUGGUUUUUGUGUUGCUGCAGUAACCUUCUUCACUCUUUGGUUUUUCAUGUAUUAUAUAAAAUACAAAUCCCAUCAAGAAAACAAAUCAAUAGCUUCUUCUCCUUCUUCUCAAACUUUAUCUAUUUCAUCAACCCCAUCUUCUUUCUCUCGAACUCGGAAACACCAUGUCUUCCCGAGCUUCCACGGAACUGAUGUUCGAAAAACCAUUCUUACUCACAUCCUAAAAGAGUUCAAAGGAAAGGGGAUCGAACCAUUUAUUGAUAAUGAUAUCGAGAGGAGCAAGUCAAUUGGUCCUGAGCUCAUAGAAGCUAUUAGAGGAUCCAAGAUCGCGAUCGUCUUGCUUUCGAGGAACUAUGCUUCUUCUUCAUGGUGCCUUAACGAGUUGGUGGAGAUCAUGAAGUGUAGAGAAGAGUUUGGUCAAAGAGUGAUGACCAUUUUCUAUGACGUUGAUCCAACUGAUGUAAAGAAGCAGACCGGAGAUUUUGGUAAGGUCUUCAAUAAAACUUGUAGAGGCAAAACAAAAGAUGAGAUUAAGAGAUGGAGAAAAGCUUUGGAAAGUGUGGCGACAAUAGCUGGAGAGCAUUCGCGCAACUGGGAUAAUGAAGCAGCCAUGACUGAAAAAAUCGCAACUGAUGUGUCAAACAUGUUGAAUCUUUCUACACCGUCGAGAGAUUUUGAUGGUUUAGUUGGGAUGGGAGCUCAUAUGAAAGAAAUGGAAUCAUUGUUAUGCUUGGGAUCUGAUGAAGUAAGGAUGAUUGGGAUUUGGGGUCCGUCUGGGAUUGGGAAGACUACCAUUGCUAGAGUCUUAUAUAGCCAAAUUUCUGAAAAUUUUGAGUUGAGUAUCUUCAUGGAGAAUAUCAAAGAGUCGAUGUAUACUAGACCAACGUGUUCUGAUGAGUAUAGCGCAAAGAUGCAGUUACAAAAACAAUUUAUGUCCCAGAUAAUCAACCAUAAAGAUAUGGAGCUUCCUCAUUUAGGCAUUGUCCAAGAUAGGUUAAACGACAAGAAAGUGCUUAUUGUUCUUGAUAGCAUCGAUCAGUCAUUACAUCUAGAUGCUAUAGCAAAAGAAACUCGGUGGUUUGGUCACGGAAGUCGGAUUAUCAUCACAACACACGACCAAAGACUUUUAAAGGCUCAUGGUAUCAACCAUAUUUACAAGGUAGAGUUUCCAUCAGCAUAUGAAGCUUAUCAGAUGUUUUGUUCGUAUGCUUUUGGCCAAAAUUUCCCUAAAGAUGGUUUCGAGGAGCUUGCAUGGGAAGUUACAAAACUUUUAGGUAAUCUACCUUUGGGACUAAGAGUUAUGGGUUCACACUUCCGUGGAAUGUCGAGGCCUGAGUGGGUAAAUGCAUUACCAAGGAUAAAAAACUGCCUUGAUGCUAGUAUACAAAGCAUUUUAACAUUUAGUUAUGAUGCCUUAGGUGAUGUAGAUAAAGAUUUGUUUCUUCAUAUAGCCUGCCUUUUCAACAAUAGAGAAAUGGUGAAAGUGGAAGGUUAUCUUGCUUUAAGUUUCUCCAAUGUGAGACAAGGGCUCCACAUCUUAGCUGAGAAAUCUCUCAUAUCUAUUGAGGUUAUAUCUACUGAUUAUACACGUAUAAGUAUGCACAAUCUACUAGUACAAUUAGGUAGAGAUAUUGCACGUCAUAAGCCUGGGCACCAAUCCAUUCGUGAGCCUGGGAAGCGUCAGUUUUUGGUUGAUGCUAGAGAUAUUUCUGAAGUACUCACUCAUAACACGGGUGGUAAAAAUAUUAUAGGUAUACUUUUGGAGGUAAGAAACCUACCAAGCGGAUUAAAUAUUAGUGAGAGAGCUUUCGAAAGAAUGUCUAACCUUAAAUAUUUAAAAUUCCAUGGCCCAUAUCGUGACAACGAAAGUGAUAAAUUAUACUUACAGCAAGGUUUGAAUAAUCUACCUCAGAAACUUAGGUUAAUAGUAUGGAGUCGUUUUCCAUUGAUCUGUUUGCCUUCCAAUUUCUGUACGAAGUACCUAGUCGAGCUACGUAUGCCGAACAGCAAACUUCAGAACUUGUGGCAAGGAUUUCAGCCGCUUGGAAAUCUCAAGAUUAUGGAUUUGCGUGAGUCGAAACACCUGAAAGAGUUGCCUGAUCUCUCAACGGCCACUAACCUUGAAGAAUUGAUUCUGUUUGAUUGCUCAAGUUUGGCAGAGCUCCCUUCCUCUAUUGGAAACCUUCAGAAAUUGCAAGACUUGAAUUUAAAAGGAUGCUCAAAGCUAGAGAUUCUUCCAACCAAUAUCAACUUGGAAUCUCUCAAUAACCUUGAUCUCACUGAUUGCUUACUGAUCAAAAAAUUUCCUGAGAUCUCCACAAACGUUAAGGAUCUCAAGCUCAUGAGAACUGCAAUAAAAGAAGUGCCUUCGACGAUUAGGUCGUGGUCUCGUCUUCGUAACUUGGAAAUGUCAUACAAUGAAAACCUCAAGGAACUCCCACAUGCUCUUGGUAUCAUCACAAAGCUGUACUUUAACGAUACAGAAAUGCAAGAAAUACCUCUGUGCGUCAAGAAAAUCUCUCAUCUUCGGACACUUAUACUAGAGGGGUGCAAGAGGCUGGUAGCAAUCCCACAGCUUUCAGAUUCCUUAUCAAUACUACGGGUAAAAAACUGUGAGUCACUAGAGAGACUAAAUUUCUCCUUUCAAAAUCAUCCAGAGAUAUUUUUCCAGUUUGCUAACUGCUUCAAGCUGAAUAAAGAAGCUAGAGAAUUCAUCCAGGCUAUAGGUAGUACCUCUGCAAUUUUACCUAGUAGAGAAGUGCCCACAAACUUCACUUACCGAGCUAAUGGGAGUUCAAUAAUGGUAAUUUUGAAUCAAAGGCCUUUUCCAACGACCUUGAGAUUUAAGGCUUGCGUCUUGCUGGAUAAAAAAGCUGAAAAUGAAAAGGAGGAGCCCGCUGGGACGGAAACAAUUGUAUUUUUAAGUAUCAAGGAGAAAGAUAAAAUUGGCGUCGAUGUUCCAUGGAGACCUCGAUAUUGCUUUCCCUUGCCUCCCAUUUUAAGAGAGCAUUUGCUCACCUUUGAAUUUGAAGCUGAUGUGACGUCCAAUAAGCUUUUAUUUUCGUUUAGCAUCCAGGGUAACCAAGCGGUGAUAAAAGAAUGUGGAGUACUCCAACUCUAAGUUCCUUAAUUUAUGUGAACCACAACAUCUAGCCACCAUCCAUGUAAACUAUAGAACUUCAGAGAAGAUCAAAACACUGAUCUCCAAGAGAAAGCGAAAUCCUUCAUGGCUCUUCUUCAACGGCAGUUUUGUUUAAAACUACCAUGCAAAGACGAAGAAGGUGAUGAGGUCAAGUUGUACGGAAGAAAUGAUGGCAACUAUAUACCUCAGCUUCUUUGCCGCCCACUUCAUCUUCAAUUGGAUUCAUCUCUGCCUUCUGAUUUAGAGGGGAUUUUGCUGAUGUUGAAAUCAUUGGCAAACUAUAAGCUCUCAUCAGGAAUCCAGAGGUCCUCCACCGGUCCGCCACAGGGAAUGGGGAUAUCCAAAAUCGAAGCUGGAUAUAUGGCUUGAAAACCGAUAUCGUAAUGGGAGCGCUACUCAAUGGAUGUGUCAAAAAUUCAUGAGAAAAUGAGAUUCUUGGACUGUGAUUGGCAUUUUCUUGCACUGUUAUUAAUUUUCUCGAGAAAAUGAGGUUGUCUUUAAUAUCAUACAAGAUUACGUAUGACUUUUUUUCUCGAGAAAAUUAUCCAGACACCACCAGAUCGAGAUUUUUGUUUUCUUCUCACACGCAUCAUCUUUACUAUCCAAAAACUUAUAAAUUAACCUUCA